AACAAGCGUGCGGCUCGUAAUCAGUGGUCCGAGUAAUUACUACAAAUUGACGACGAAAGUUGGGAUAAAUCCACAAAUAAAUCUACCUGUUUGAUUGUUUUCUUUUACUACUUUGACGAAGCAAACGAGUCCGAAGAAGAAGAAUAGGAAGAAGGAUUGUAUGUGAGUGCAAUACUGAAGACUCCGCGACAAGGCAGCGGCGAAUUCCGCGACUGAUUAGCGGCGCAUUCCGUGACACGACAGCGGCGAAUUUCGCGACAAGUAAGCGACGAAAUCCUCGACACGGUAGAGGCGAUAUCCGCGCAUGAAAGCGGCGUAAACCUCGGCAAGACAGAGGUGAAAGUGUUUCCUAAGAAUGGAUAGCAGCAAACUGAUUGCUAACUUGCCUCCGUUUACCGUCGGAGAUGUUCCCCUAACGGAGAGAAGGAAUAAAUGGUACACAUGGAAGCGCGGCUUCGAAAUUUGUGUCCGUGCUUCAAAGGUCACGAAAGGUACGGAAAAGAAGGACCUGCUGUUAGCUCAAGGUGGGUUUGAGCUACAGGAAAUAUUUUUCAAUAUUCCUGGUGCGGAUGUCGAGGAAGACGUUGAGGCGGGUGUUGAUCCGUACGAAGUGGCGAUUGAGAAAUUGGAUGAUUAUUUUGCCCCACAACGACACGACGCACACGAGCGAUACAUUUUCUGGGGGAUGAAACCUGAGCCUGGCGAGACCCUCGGAAAAUUUUUGAUGCGAGCACAAGUGCAUGCAGCCAAGUGCAACUUUGGGAAAACAGCUGCUGAAAGUUCAUCGAUUGCUGUUGUCGAUAAAAUUCUUCAGUUCGUACCAGCUGGACUGCGCGAAAGAAUGCUGCAAGAUUCGGGAUUGAAUUUGGAAGAGCUUCAAAAGCAGAUUAAUGCGUAUGAGAUUUCACGAUCUGCGAGUGAACAAAUUGGUGGGCAAGUGAUCUUGCAAUCGAAGAGUUCUAAUGCUGAAAGCCUUAAUCGUGUGAAAGCUUCCUGUCGAUAUUGUGGACGUUCACAUUCGUUCGAGGAUCCAUGUCCAGCGAGGAAUAAGUCAUGUGCAAGUUGUGGAAAGCGCGGACAUUUUCGUGCUGUCUGCCGAAAUCGUAAUGAUAAUCCAGUGCCAUCCACCUCUCGAGCUCCAAUGAAGAGACCUUUCGGAGAAGCUUACAGAAGUCAUGCGGAACAUCCUCAGGGACAACAACGGAAGUUCGUCAAACGGGUGAAUGCUAUUGACGACGCGACUUCAACCGAUAAAGGAAAACCCGACGAACUGGUUGAGAUGGUAUCUUCUGCGAACGAUUUGGAUGACAUGGUGUGGGUAAAAGUAGGAGGAAUUUUGAUCGAAAUGCAGAUUGAUUCAGGAGUUCAAUCGAAUAUAAUUGACGAUUCAACCUGGGAAACUAUGUGCAGAGACGGAGUACAAGUUCUCUCCGACUUGAUGCCCUCUGAUAGAAAGUUCAGAGCGUAUGCUCAAAAUGACAACUUGAGAGUCACUGUCAUGUUUGAUGCGGAAAUUGAAAUAGCUGACGGAAACAACAGUCGAGGCGAAGUGGCCCGGUUUUACGUCAUCCAAGGGGGACCUCAGCCGCUGUUGGGCAGGCAUACAGCCAAGCAGCUGGGAGUGUUAAUCGUAGGACUACCAAGUCAGCACGAGUUGGUUCAGCAUGUUGAAGUGUCAAAACCAUUUCCGAGUUUCCGUGGAGUGGAAAUACUUUUACCAGUCGACCGUUCAGUUGAACCAGUUUCGCAGAGAUUGAGAAGGUUGCCGUUUGCUACGUUGGAGCGCGUGGAGAAGAAGCUUGAGGAGCUGCUCGCCAAUGAUAUCAUCGAACCAGUAUUCGAACCGAGUCGCUGGGUAUCACCGAUGGUUGUAGUGGUGAAGGAUAGCGGUGACAUCCGUUUAUGCAUUGAUAUGCGGCAGGUGAACAAGGCUAUUUUGCGUGAGACACAUCCUCUUCCUACAAUCGACGACAUUAGAUGGAAGUUAAACGGAGCAACUUGUUUUUCGAGAUUGGACAUCAAAGAUGCUUUCCAUCAGCUGAAACUGGCAGAUGAAAGCAAACCGAUGACCACCUUUAUAACACAUAAAGGUUUAUUCCGUUACAAGCGCUUGAUGUUUGGAAUCUCAUGUGCCCCAGAAGUAUUCCAAAAAAACUCUUGAGCAGAUUCUAUCAAGUUGCGACCAUUGCAUCAAUUUCAUUGACGACAUCAUCGUCGCAGGACGUACUGAACAAGAGCACGAUGAGGCACUUAAGAAAGUUUUACAUAAACUUCGUGAAUAUGACAUUCUGUUAAAUCAAUCCAAAUGUCAAUUUAAGUUGUCUGAGAUUGAGUUUGUUGGUCAUCGAUUCGGUGCUUUUGGAAUGGCUCCAUCACAAAGUAAAAUUGAAGCCAUCAAGUCAUUCAGAGCUCCAAAAACUUCUGAAGAGGUACGGAGUUUCCUCGGUCUCGUGAAUUAUGUUGGAGCAUUUAUUCCAGAUUUGGCCACGGUAUCGUUUCCACUCCGGGAGCUCACUAAAGCACAAUCUAUUUUCAAGUGGGAGCAUGAGGAGCAAGAAGCUUUCGACCAUCUUGUUUCAUUGAUUAGUGACGAGAAGAAUUUGGCCCAUUUCGACCGUAAUCUCAAAACAAGAGUAGUUGCCGAUGCGUCACCUGUUGGAUUGGGUGCAGUCCUUCUUCAAUUCUAUGAAGGAAUUCCCAGAGUUGUAUCAUAUGCAAGUAAGAGUUUGUCAGAAACUGAACGAAGAUACGCUCAAACCGAAAAGGAGGCUUUGGCUCUGGUUUGGGCGGUGGAAAGGUUUCAAAUUUACUUGUUAGGAAUUCGUUUCGAAUUGGAGACAGACCACAAACCGCUCGAAGCCAUAUUUUCCGCCAAUUCAACUCCUUGUCUUCGCAUUGAACGCUGGGUAUUGCGGUUGCAAUCAUUUACCUAUGAUGUCAUUUACCGGAAAGGGAAAUCCAAUAUAGCAGAUCCGCUCUCUCGUCUACCAAGUGCAGGAGAGCUGAAGGAGUUUGAUGAAGAUUGUGAGGUCUACAUUCGCAAUGUGAUUGAACUGACUGCCAUUGACGUGAACGAGCUAGAAAAAGCUUCCGAAGAAGAUAUUGAGCUACAAUCCAUUCGUGAAUGUUUGGAUCACGGGGUGUGGAAUUAUACAUCAGAGGUGAUAAAACCGUAUCAUGCAUUCCGAAACGAGCUUGGCAAAGUGGGAAGUUUAAUAGUUCGAGGGUCCAGAUUGGUUAUACCAGGCAGUCUGCGGCAGCGUAUGUUACAACUAGCACACGAGGGUCACCCAGGUCGCACGAAAAUGCAACAACGGUUGAGGUAUUCCUGCUGGUGGCCUGGAAUGGAUGAUAUGAUCGCCCGUAUGGUAGCCACUUGUGAAGGAUGUAGGCUUGUCAGCCAACCGGAACGGCCCGAACCUAUGCAAAGAAGGAAGCUACCCGAAGCACCAUGGAUGGAUAUCGCGAUAGAUUUUCUCGGACCGUUGCCUUCCGGUGACUAUCUGUUAGUCGUAAUUGACUAUUUCAGUAGAUAUAAAGAGGUAGAGAUAAUGCGGAAGAUCACGGCUUCAGAAACUGCGGAACGGUUAGAGCAAAUUUUCAUCAGACUUGGAUAUCCGCAAACCAUAACAUUAGACAACGGUCGCCAGUUCGUGAGUACAGAGUUUGAGCAGUAUUGUGCCCGUCGUGGGAUCGUUUUGAACAAAACGACUCCGUAUUGGCCACAAGAAAAUGGUUUGGUGGAACGUCAAAAUCGAUCAUUGGUUAAGAGACUCAAAAUUAGUCAGGCUUUGAAGCAGGAUUGGAAACGAGAUCUGUUAGUAUAUCUGCAAAUGUACUAUUCAACUCCUCAUAGCACAACUGGUAAAACUCCUAGCGAGCUUAUGUUCGGUAGAAACAUUCGUACUAAGUUACCAUGCUUAUCUGAUGUUUCUUCAGCUGUAAUGUCCCCUUCGGACUUCCGAGACCGCGAUCAACAGCUUAAAGAUAAAGGGAAAGAGGAGGAAGAUCAACGUCGUAAAGCGAAAGCCUCAAGUAUCGACAUUGGAGAUCGGGUGCUUAUGAAAAACGUUCUUGGUGGAAACAAACUAACAACGACGUAUGGGCCAGCGGUUA